UAUAUUUGCUGAUUAUAAGUUGAUUAAUCCAGCCUAUAAAAACUCAACCCAGCAGAUGGAGAAUUCAAAGUCAAUAUCCAUUGUUGGGCAAAAUGAGUCGCAUUCUUGUGAUCUUUUUGAUCGCAACCGUUAGUCAAAAUUGUUUCACAAGCGGAGCAAUUGAGCCAGAUCAGGGAAAACUUAAAGAAGAAACCAUAUUGACAAAAGUGGAGCAGCAACAAAAUAAUGAUGAGGAAUUUGAUCAAGUUCAGUUUUUAAAGAGGAUUAAAAGUAUGAUGGUUCUUUAUGACACGCUAAAAGUCGAAAUAGACAAAUUUUAUGACAAUCAUAAUGUACUGUUGAAAAACAUUGCCAACACAGAAAACCAAAUAACUAAGUUAUACAGGCAUGCCAAAGUUAGAAAAGUCUACAAGCCGACUGUGAAGUUUGAAAAGUUCGGAGCUAAGUAUUACCAUAUUGAGAAUAAGGAAAAACUUAGCUGGUACGAAUCAGUGUACAGAUGCCGCAGCCUGGACAGUAAACUAAUUAGCUUCCAAAACCAGGAAGAGUGGAACAUCAUUAAAGCGAACCUGCGACACUACAAUCUAUAUUGGGUGGACAUAAAUGACGAGGCAACUGAGGGCGAGUUCAUAUCGGAAUCCACCGGAGAGAAAGCCCCUUUCUUCAAAUGGUCCUAUGGAGAACCGAAUAACCUAACAGACGAAAAUUGCGUUGAGAUGCGAGUACAACGUGGUCUUUUCGAUAAUGAUCCCCAUUCUAUGAACGACGUUAGCUGCUCAAAAGAGAACCACUUCAUAUGCGAAGCUAAUUCCAUGGAAAUAUAAGCAACAAUCUUGAAAUAUGUGCAUAUGUUUUAGUAACACGAAAUCAAAUAAAAUCAGUAACAACUUUUAAUACAGUAA